GAAAACUCUCUUUUUGUUUAAUAUUAAUUUUGAUUCGUGAGUUCUAUUUAAAUUUCAUACCGAUUUAAAAACAAGAAAGUGAUUUUCAAUCUUAGUUCUAAGUUUUUUGUUAUUAAAAUGUUGGAAGUGAUAACAUUAAUUAUUAAAUUUAAUUCCUAUACGCAACUUAAAUGAUGUCUCUGACUAGAUUGAAAGGAAGAACUUAAUUGGAUAUCAAUGUCAAGGUCUCCAAAGUCUUGGUAUUUUGAUGGAAAUUUUGAUCCAAAGCAAAUUUCUUUAGAACGUUUUGAAAAUUUAUAUUUUGAGUUGGCAAUUUUAAGUGAAACUUCACGAUACAUUAGUCUAUACUUUUUCCUACGUAUUUCAGAAGUUAGAAAAAAAAAAGGUUACAAUAAGCGUCCUGAUUAGUUAAAAUAGAGAAUGCAUAAAAAAAAAGUUGAAAUACGAGAGUAUAUCACUUAAGUGAGAUAUACAUAAAAAAAAUAUAAAGUGUCUAAAUUCGUUAAUGUUGUAUCAUUCUGCUACUAUGUUAUAGGGUGUUCAAAAUUAUUUGAUUCCUGGAUUGUUUUAAAAUUUUACAAUAUUCAUUUCAUGAUAUAUUCUGGUGCCUGAAUCUAUAUGUUAUGUGUUGUGGAUUUUGGGGUGACAGAAACAUUGGAUGGUUAGGAAUUCAAAUAAUUAUGCAAGUAAAUGUAUACACUCCUUCCUCCUGGCAUUGUUUGUAAUUCUAUAACAAAUUCUGAAUUAUAUUGGAAAUAAUACUGAAAGUAGAUG